GCUGGAUCUGGAUAUGCAGUCAGUAUGCGCUCGGUCUGGCCUGAGCGCGGAUCGCGGCUGGAGCUGCGAGGCUCCUCUUAUCUACGAUGGAGUUGCGCGAGGUGAACCGCGCGUACGGUACUGCGGAGGAGACGACGGAGCUCCUGCCGCAGCGUGACAACGAAUACGAGAGUUAUUUCAUCGAAUACGCGAUGCAGAAGGAGAUGAUCAAUCGCAACCGAUGCCCCGUGAGCCGAAGAUUGCUCAGCCAGGCCGCGAAUUUGGACUACAAUUUUUCCAACAGUAAUCAUCUCAAGGAUUCACCAUGUGCCGGAAUCAGCAUAAUCCACACCUCGAGCGAAAACUGGCCGCCAUCCAGGAAGCGCGAGGAGGCGAAGGCCUUGGAGAAUCUCAGGAAGAGAGUCGAACAAAGCAAAUUGUACAAGGCGGAGAGAAUCGUCGAUCCGGUUGUAUCUACCUCGUCCUCGCUAAAUUACGAACAAACUCAACAACAGCUUGAUAAUCGGCCGAAACUUUUGAAAAAGAUACUCAGCAACCGGCCGAUGAGUAUCACGCUCGAUAGGAGCGACCUGGAGACCGAUUGGCGUGAUAGCGAAUUUAUCACCGAGUGCCUUUGCUGGCAUAACGUUUAUCGACAACGGCACAACGCACCUCCCUUAACUAUGUCGCCGCAGUUGUGCGAAUACGCUCAAUCGUGGGCAAAUCAUCUGGCGCACACGAACACGUUCUACUACAGAAAUGAUCGCAACGUGGGUCAUAAUCUUUAUUGUCGUCCCGGUAGCGGCGUACCCGGCGAUGUCACGGGACAGGAAGUCGCGUCCUACUGGUACUCGGCCGUGAGGCAGUACGACUUUCUCAAGGAACCGGACGUUCUCCAUGCCAACGUGAAUGCAGGCCACUUCACUCAACUGAUAUGGGCGAGUAGCCGUUACUUCGGGGUCGGCAAGGCGCACAGCAGGAGCGGCAAGGUAAUCGUGGUGGCUAAUUACGAGCCAGUCGGCAACGUGUCCGGUCAGUUUCAGAACAACGUGUUUCCGCCCUUGCCGGAGAACGUGAACGCCGUUGUGAUGUCGCCGCAUGCCGUGCCGCGAAUACCGCGCGGCCAUUACGAGCUGUUAAGAUCGACGGCGCCGCCGCCGUUGUCGGACAUCGCGUCCACCGGCAGCGAUACUAUGUCCGUCAGCUCCGGCCAAUAAUACUACGGCCGUGCUAAAUGCCUUCUCUGUAUCUGCACGCGAUGGGCCGGACGCUGAAGGCGCUGAGGCGCGCGACUUAUCGCAUGCCGCGAGUCAAAGACUUUUGGACACGCGAAACACGAUGACCGAUAUCUCUGCGAAUGAGUUCAAGGUCGCACGGGACCUGAAGGACAGAGCGAAAGCGGGGACUCUCUCGUUUCGAGAUAUUUCUUUUUCAAAGAUUUAUCUCGAUUAUUGUAAUUUCUUUAGCAAUAAACGUAUGAAAAUUUAAGGAAUAAUAUUUGAAUAAAUAUUAAUAAGAAAUAAAUAAUACAAACACAGACGUCUAGUCGCCCAGUUGUACAAUAUAGUUGGCAAUUGUCUUUCUGAUUGUUUAAUUGGGGUAAUUGCGAUGAAAAUAAACCGAAUAUAAAAUAUAACAUCGCAGCAUUAAUUUGUAUAAUGGAAUUAAUAAUUUUAACGAAAUUAUUAAAAACACGAUUCUAUCUUUAUCUCAUAAUUGCAAUGAAAGCCCAAUCAAUCUUGUAGAGCAGUUUUCCACAGAAAUAUCGGUCAUCAGGUUUUAGUGCCCUCAACCCUCAACUACCGCUUGCAAAAGCAGUGAUAAUCAAAGAGUACACCGAGCUUCGUUUUGUUAGCUGGUAGUACAUAUAUAUAACACGAUUAGAUCAAGCAGUGAUAUAAUCUGCAUUGAUCUGUGAUUAUUGAUAGUGGCGUAACUGCUAUUUUUUACCGGUCCCCCGCACAAGAGUAAAGAGAUAUCUCAAGGAAAGCGAAUAUACAAUCAAAAAAUUCGGUUUAAAUUAAAAUAAUAAAGCUAGACUUGAAUAGAUCACUCUCUAGUGAACCCCGAUCUGUUAUUAUGUAAGCAAUAUUUAUUGCAGAUUAAAAUUCGUACUACUUCUCUCUAAUUAAAGUUUCCUAAUUAGAAACUUUAAUUUAACUUAAAUUUCUCUUUUUUCGUGUGUUUUUUUGGCGGGAUCAUUUUUUUAAAUAGUUGCGUCACUGUCCGUAACAGAUAACAGAAGCUCAAAUUUAGAAUCAGUAUGUACCUAUUUCCGAUUUGGAGAAAACAGAAAUGAAAACGGCUAUAUAACGUAUAACUCUUGUUUUGAGAUUCUAAGUUUAUUCGCGCGCGUGCUGAUUAUUCGUUGCAUGGAUCACACGUGCAGGCCGAAAGUUAAAAAAUUGUUGAAAAGAACACCAAAAACUUUACAUGCCUAUUUUGUAUAAGUAUAUCGGUUUUAAGCCUGGCACACUCAUUUAAGGGACUCGUAUUGUAAGAUAUAAUCGUAUGAGAUACAGAACUGAGAAAUCUAAGUGAGACGAUAUGCGCCUAGCAAGGAAACACUUUGCACAUAUUUUUCCGUCCUCUUAUACUGGAAAUCAAUGUUUUGCACGAGACAAAUGUUGUAUUUCUUAGCAUCGUUUUUAGUAUUAACAAAACGUUCCUAUCGAGCGACGAAGGAAUAGUAUAUGCUCUCCAGGAACUUGUCUGGGAAGAUAGUCGAACUAAAAGUCAAAAAGAAGCAAAAGAUCUCGCGAGAUUACAAUCGAGAUGUAUCAUUACUAUCCACUUUCUAAGCUGUUCGGAUGAAUUUCAAAUAUUAAUCCUGGAACAGCUGAAUAGAAUCUGGAUGAAAUUUGAAUAAAAUUAAAAGAAAAAGAACAGUGUUGACAGAAGGAGAAAUAAAAUUUAUACGAUUCAAUUUUUCCUGCAUUAUGAAUUUAAAUGAAAAUUAAAAGCAAAAAAGCAAAAACUGCUUUAGGUCUAAAUUCUAUGUUCACAUUCUAUUUUAAGCACUAAAUGUCAGAUGCAGAUUUUAGUGAGUUAAUGUAUUUUGUUCUCAUUUUAUUUUAAUAGAACCUCAAAGAAAUAGUUUGAAAAUAGAAUUGAAUGGAAAAAAUUGUUCUGGAUCAAAAAUUAUAUAUAUAAUGAAAUCUUUAAUUAUCGACUAUGUAAAUUUAAUUAAUGCUCGAAAACGAUAUUCGUUUGAAAGCGACAAUUACAUCAAUGAACAAUUCUCGCUUUUAAAGUAAAAGGUACGCAACUACGUCUAAAGUCUGCCAGAUUGAUAAUCAUUAACAUAUUAUAGAGACGACUAGCUGAAUACAAUUACAUUUCGCUAUUUCAUCAAUGAUAAUUUCCUAAAGUACGAUACGAGAGAUUAAUUUUCUUUUUCAUCUCUCAAUUCUUUCCGAAAUGAUAAAGGAUGAACAAAGAAUGAGAAAUUUUUAGAUCAAGUCGAUUGACUGACAUUGUAGUCGCUUCGAAUGUUGUUGCAGCGAUUUUAGCGCUUUAAAUAAGAUAUACAAUACUUGUAUAAAUUAUAUAAAUGUACUCUCUGCGUACAGCGAGAGAUUAUUUACAAGAUAACAUCGACUGUAUUAGACGAAAAAUACGCGACUUAUUGCGAGAUAUAGUAAAAGCAAAUUUAAAGCAGGUUUUGUAAUUCGAUCCUGUUGGCUCCCGAUUUGCUAGAGAAUAGAUUGUUAUAUAUGAGAGAUAUAGAAUUAUUUUCUAUAGAUAGAGAGAUUGUUGUAGAAAAGGAAAAUUAUUUUUUCCACGCAUAGUCGAUUAGCAACGCGCUUUUUUAAAUACGAAACGUAGAACAUAAUGUAAAGUGUUAAUUAUAUAAAAAAGGAAGAUAUAUUCAUCAUCUUUAUACUGUUAGAUCUUCGCUUAUAUAGGAUUUUAUGCGACAUUAUAUGAAACGAUCAAAUCGUUGAUUAAUCAACCGCCUAUCCAGUAAGAAACGACUUAUUUGAUCGAAUCACUCAAUUAGUUUAAUUCAAUCACGCUUUAUGAAAUUUAAUGUGAAUUUGUCGCCUGAGCUCACGAUACGAAACGACGUUCCACAAUAUCGAUAAUAAUAUUUAAUAUAGCGCACAGGGUUGAAUAAUAAAUGCUCGAUGUGAUAAAUAUCUAUAAUAACUAAAAGAGGCUUUCGUUAAUCUAAGAAGGUUCAAAUCAAAUUAUGAUUACAUCGGAAGGAUCGACGGGGUCGAAAAAUGUUCGCCGUUUUUGAUUUUUUUAUUCGAUGCAUGCGAAUAGAGAUAUGACAUUGAAGACGAGAUAUUUAAAUGCAUGUGCAAAAGCUCACUUGUUGACAAUCGAUACUGAAACGUCGUUUCAUUUAUAUAUAUAUACAUAUAUAUUAAAGACACUAAUAUAAAACAAAAUUUUGAAGAUUUAUAUUUAUACACAUUAUUAUAGAAUGUGUUCGAAAAUUACAGAUUGAUUUUUAUUUUAUACAUUAUUGAUUUUACACAUAUUCUUUAAUGAAAUUUUAUUCUUUUUGACAAAAAACGCAGUCUUAAGAGAUCAUUUAUUACAACUCUUUGAUUUUCAAGAUUAAAUAUCUUUGAUAAAAAAUUGUAUCUGUACACAAAAUUUCCUUUAACGAAAAGUCCAUUUAAAUCAUUUGAAUCUCCAGUCGUCAAAAUUUGACAUGAUAAAGAAGACACUUCGUAUAGUUAUAUAUACAUUAAUUCUUUACAUUGGAUAUAAAACUAAUCACACUUAACUGUUUGUGAGAUUAUCCGAAUGUAUAAGAGUUAUAGGGAAAAAGAAGGGAUGUAUUAAAAAUCUUAUACAUUAUUUUUUUUUUUAUAAAUCGCGAUUUUAUAAUAUUUAAUUUAUAAUAUUUUUAAUAUGAAUUUAUUUGACGCGAUAUCAUAUUAGAUAUGUCAGAGAUGCACGUAUUUUAUUAUUAACUCUAAAGUAAUGUUGAAUUUUUAAUUAAACUUUAAUCAUUUAUCCCUUAAUCCAUUAUAAAUAAAGCAUCAAAAAUUAAAGGUGGAACGACGUUAAUGUAUUCGUUAUUGUUGAAAUGCAGGGCAUAGCCUUAAUAAAUGAAUUAAAUAUAUUGCAAGCCAACGCGUUUUAUAAUGAUGAAUGUUAAUAAAAUUAUCUCUUUGCAGAAAUACUGUGUCAAUUUUAUCCUAUAUUUCAAUAUGUUGCGAUAUUUUUACAGCGAAUGAGAAUAUAUUAUGUAGAAUAUAGAGUAAAAUAUUUUUUAUCAUUUAAAAAUCAAUAAUUUUACGAUAUAUUACGAGAUAAGAAAAUUAGAGUGUUUACUAAAAUCUUAUUGAAAAAAUCUCUGAAAAUUCCCUGAUCUUUCAGAUAGAUUCAAAAUUCCAGGUAAAAAGAAUAUUUUAAGAUGUAAAGAAGAAGACAUCUCUCUCUCGAGAAUAUUGAAUACAGUUGACAUAUAUUUUCCGUCGUAUAUCAUAUUUCGCUAAUAACAUUACACGAUACAAUAAUUAAAAAAUAUACUGUACUUUGCGAAAUUAGACAGUCGAUACUAUAAGUAAAAUAUAAUAUUAAUAUUUAAUAACAUUCGCGCGACGGUAAAGUUAUCUUUCAGCGAUCGAUAGAUAUAUCAUCGCUCUUUUUAUCUCUUCUCUCUUUCUUUUUUUUUUCUUACAAGAGACGAUGAAAACAGUUUUACAAAAUAUAGUGCAAAUAUAUAUAUAUACGCUCGCGCUAUACACAACAAGAAGGGAGAAUCCUCUUCUAUAAUCGUUUCUUUGUCUCUUUUUUCUUUUUCUCUCGUCUGUUUUAUUUGAUUAACGAGUUCGACGUGAAUACAUUUCAAUACUCUUCUGUCAAUAAUAAUUAAUCCCUAUUAAUAUGUCGAGUCACCUCGGUCGGCUCGAUAUGGCUAAUUAAAAUUGAAAAGAUUUAAGACUACGGACUUGCUCGCGCGUUUUAAUUAGCGUACUGCUUAUAAACAGAAAUUCGUUGUGGCCACGAGCAAAAUCAUUCGUCGCAUGAUAGCAUACAACAAGCUGCUUAGUAUUAUCACUAUCGUUCGCAAGUGAAGGAAUGGAUAUAUAAGGCCAAAACGAUCCCGAAUAGAUCUUGACAGAGGCACAUAAACGAUGAAAAUUGUGUAACAAAAUGUAAAUAAGACAAAAGUGUAUUUUUUACGGAUACGAGAUUAUUGAGGUCACUAGCAACACUCAAAGUUCUUCUGAGAAAUAAAAUUAGACACUUUAUUUACGCGGAAAAUUUAUAUGGCAUUAGCCAUUGUUUUUGGAAAAAAAAAAGAUUAUCAAUUGUCUGUGAUUUCAAUAUUUUAUAUGUCGCAAUUCCUUGUCUUUUUCAAAGAGAAUUCAACAUAUAAAUUCGUGAAUAAUGUACAAGAAUAAAAAUACGAAUGAUUUCUUUUGGAAGCGAUAUUUGUAUUGAUCUGUAUAUAUUGCAUUCUAGUUAUGAAAUGUUAGUAUUGCAUUCUGGGCAACUUUCUUUUUCUCUUCUGGAAGAUAAGUCUAAUAAUAAGUUUAAAAAAAUGUAGAGAUAUAAAAGAUAAAUCAUACACAAAUAAUACUCCAAAUUUCUCAGAAUACUACAAAAAAAUAUAAAAAAGAGCCUUUUCAUGAUAUUUUUUUACUCUGUCAUAACGUAGAUUUGACAGCGAGAAAUGCAAUAAAUGUUGCAUAAUUUCAACAAAUUCAUCGAAACAUUGAAUGGAACGUAAAUAUUUCGUGAUAAAAUAUGCAUGACAAUUUCUAUUGCGCAAAAUCGGCUAACACUCCUCACUCAUUUCAUUUGUACAGUUACUCUACAUAAGUUGUUCCUUAAAUUCUAAUAUUGCUACACUUUGUUCUUCACAUAUUAAAUCACUAAGCCCUUUUUGGAGUACUAUAUCAUUAUUCGCAAAUAUUCUCCAAAUUCUAAAGAGUCUAAGAUCAAAAAAUUCAAAGUCUUAGAAUUAAAGGUGAGGAAAGAUUUCGCGCAGAUUUCGCGUUCAAUGAUAACAUUUUGAUUAUCACUUAGUGUCGAGAAGAUUAAUAGAAAAAUUGCAUAGAGUGAGUCAUUUAAGAUCUCAAAUUUCGAUUGAUUAAUCAUAUGCUAAUUCCGAAAUUGUGUAUCCUUUAAUUUCUUAAAGUAUAAGUGAAAAAUGUAAAAAUUAUACCUAUAAAAUAUAUUGUACGACAGCACAUGCAAGCAAAAAUGUCCUUUCUUGCAUGAUUUACAUUCUCAAUAAUAAAAGUAAUGUGUUGGAAACAUUUUAUCGAAAACAUAAACUCGUCGAAUUAAAGAACUAUAUUCGUUAUUUAAAUUUAAUAAAAGACGAGUUUUUUAAAUUUUUCCAAAAUUUAUGCGCUCAGAAUUUAUGUUGCAAUAGCAUUCUUACAGAUGCAAUAAAUAUAUAUAUCAAUUCUGAUUACAAUUUUGAUCAUCAUUACAACAUAAAUCUUGCAAUUUUCUAUAUUUGUUCUUCUAUGUUUGUUUUACAUUUAUUUAUAUGAGAUUCAUGAAUAUAUAUAUUUAAAUAAAAAAAAAAUCCAUUUAGAAAUAUUUGUAAAAAUAAUUUAUAAAACGUGAAUAUCUCAAGUAAUUCACUCUACACACAUUGAUGAAAUCCUCCUCCUGCAAAACAAUGAGUUUCAACAAACAAAAAUAAUUUCUUCUUCUAAGUACUCUAUUAUUGAAAAGAGAUGACUUUUGAAGAAUAACACACAAGAAAAAUUUCUACCUCUAAAUUCACUAAAACGUCGAUAUAUAAUGUGUCAAGAUUUUUAGCAUCUUUCGCAUUUUAAAUAAAAAUCUCCUAUCGUAAGUUAAAUCAUCCAUUUCGUAUCUCUUUUCUAAGAAACAUCUUAUUCAUUCUAUAAAAAUGGAGUCUUUAUUCGAAUUCUAAAAAAUAGAGACUAUACGUCAGGAUUCUGUAGAGCUUCUACAUAGCUUUUAAAUUCUAUGGAGAAUAGAAUUUUCGUUCAAGCUCUAUAUAAAAUAGUCUUGAUCCGAAAGCUAAGCUAGUGCCUGUACUUGUGAAAUGCGCAUUAUAUAAAUAUAAAUCUUUUUAACUAUCCGCAUUCUUUCCUUACACACACACACACACACGCGCACGCGCACGCGCACGCACACGCACACGCACACGCACACGCACACACACACACACACACACACACACACACACACACACACACACGCACGUGCUCAUAUGUAUCUUCUUCUUCUUUUCUUUUUCUAUUUCCUAACUACCUUCACUACUUCGUCAUACUUUUUUAAGUGCAUAAUGGCGUAAGAG